CUUUUGUCUCUCUGUGUCUCUCUCUCUGUGUCUCUCUCCCUUCUCAGUCUAACUCUAUUUUGUCUCUUUCUCUGUCUCUCUCUGUUUGUCUCUCUGUCUGUCUGUCUCUCUCUCUCUCGGUCUCUCUCUCCCUUCUCAGUCUAGCUCUCUUUUUGUCUCUCUCUCUCUGUCUCUGUGUCUCUCUCCCUUCUCAGUCUAGCUCUCUUUUUGUCUCUCUCUGUCUCUGUGUCUCUCUCCCUUCUCAGUCUAGCUCUCUUUUGUCUCUCUCUCUGUCUCUGUGUCUCUCUCCCUUCUCAGUCUAGCUCUCUUUUUGUCUCUCUCUCUCUCUCUCUGUCUCUCUCUUUUUGUCUCUCUCUCUCUGUCUCUCUCUCUGUGUCUCUCUCUCUGUUUGUCUCUCUCUCCCUCUGUCUCUCUCUCUGCCUCUGUCUGUGUGAAUGGGGUACACUGUGUGUAUUUUCUGACAUGUUGGCAUGGAGGGGGUCUGGGUGGCAGACAGAGGACAGGUGCAGGGUGUUUGUGUGCGGUAAAGUCAUAGACACCUUGUCCUGUCUGUCAAUGGCGUAUCCGGCAGCUGCUGCCAAUCCCUCCGGGUUCAGGGAGAGAGGGGGGAGAGGAGAUCAGAGAUACAGAGACAUGGAGGGACUGUGGACAGGAGCUCUGCUAGCGCUGAUCUGGGGAACACUCCUAGAAGGUGGGUGCAGAAUCAGGAACUGAAAGGGGGAAUAAAACACAGGGGGAAGGGGGGUGACUGGGCAUGGGGUAUAAAUGGGGAGAGACUGGGCAUGGCGUAUAAAUGGGGAGAAACUGGGCAUGGGAUAUUAAUGGUGAGAGCGAAUGGGGACGGAAUAAGCAUGGGGUAUAAAUGGGGAGAGACUGGGCACAGGAUAUAAAUGGUUAGAGUGAAUGGGGAGGGAAUAAGCAUGGGGUAUACAUGGGGAGAGACUGGGCAUGGGGUAUAAAUGGGGAGAGACUGGGCAUGGGGUAUUAAUGGGGAGAGACUGGGCAUGGGGUAUUAAUGGUGAGAGCGAAUGGGGAGGGAAUAAGCAUGGGGUAUAAAUGGGGAGAGACUGGGCACAGGAUAUAAAUGGGGAGAGACUGGGUAUGGGAUAUAAAUGGUGAGAGCCUGGAAAUGGGAUAUAAAUGGUGAGAGAGAAUGGGGAGGGACUGGGCAUGGGGUAUAAAUGGGGAGAGACUGGGCAUGGGAUACUGAUGGGGGAGACUGGGCAUAUGGUGUAAAUAGGCAGAUACUGGGCAUCGGGGUAUAAAUGGGGAGAGACUGGGCAUGGGAUAUUGAUGGGGAGACUUGGCAUGUGGUGUAAAUAGGCAGAUACUGGGCACAGGAUAUAAAUGGGGAGAGCUUGGGCAUGGGAUAUAAAUGGUGAGAGAGAAUGGGGAGGGACUGGGCAUGGGGUAUAAAUGGGGAGAGACUGGACAUGGGAUAUUGAUGGGGAGACUUGGCAUGUGGUGUAAAUAGGCAGAUAGUGGGCACAGGAUAUAAAUGGGGAGAGCUUGGGCAUGGGAUAUAAAUGGUGAGAGAGAAUGGGGAGGGACUGGGCAUGGGGUAUAAAUGGGGAGAGACUGGACAUGGGAUAUUGAUGGGGAGACUUGGCAUGUGGUGUAAAUAGGCAGAUACUGGGCACAGGAUAUAAAUGGGGAGAGCUUGGGCAUGGGAUAUAAAUGGUGAGAGAGAAUGGGGAGGGACUGGGCAUGGGGUAUAAAUGGGGAGAGACUGGGCAUGGGAUAUUGAUGGGGAGACUUGGCAUGUGGUGUAAAUAGGCAGAUACUGGGCAUCGGGGUAUUGAUGGGGAGGGACUGGGCAUGGGGUAUAAAUGCGGGAAUUGCAAUAAUCAUACUAAAACAGCUGUGACUAUAGAGAUCUUUGCAAAUGUUAUUUGUCGCAGACAGAAAACGUAAAUGAUAAACUAAAGGCAAGGUUGGGGUACUGAGUAUUGAAUACAACGGUUGCUGUAUCACAUGGUUACUAUAGCCGUAUUAGGGCCAGGUUCCUCUCGGUCCCUCACAAUCGCUGUGAAUGAAGUUGGAAGCCAGAUGCAGCCGGGAUUACUAACAAUAUGUGUGGCCGGAAUUAGGUCCAGUUUUUUUUGACACUCAGAUUUGUUAUGAGGUGGUCAGUUUUUAAUUUUGUGUAUUAUCAUUGUGUCAAUUCCUCAGUGAUAAAAUAGAUGAUUCAAAUAUUUAUGAUACUGAAGGGUAUUGAUCAAAAUGGUAGGAAAAUUAAGGUGACUGUGUGAUUUGCUCCGAUCUUUGUUAUUUUUCACUCCCUCCUUCCCUAAUCCACCCCCCCUUUUCCCUCUUCCUCUCAGUUUCCUUUCCCUUUCCAUUAUCCAAAACGUAUUUUAAAUCUAAUAGACUGUUAAAGUGUAAUUCUAUUAAUAGUAUCUAUUACAAAUACGCUAAUGUAGAAAAUCAAACUCCAUUCACACAACCAUUCAUACCUGUCCCGGCCUGAGAGUGGAGGUGUUAGUUGGAAGGAGUCUCGGGCAAGUCUGUAACCAGAGGCCAGAGUCUCCACGUGUCAUGAUUAACAUAUACAGCCUUCUCCAUGGAUCUCUGAUAAUUAAUCUGUGAGGCUAUUUCAGUCCAGGGAUCGCCUCAGAUCUCCAUUUUCUCGCCAAACAGACUUUGGUGGCCAUUAAUAUUUGCACAAUUAGCAUUUUUAUUUCUUAUUUCAAUUUGGGGAAAUCAAAAUGGAACAAAAAGAGUUAACAUUAUAAAACUUGUCUUUCAUAACCUAACCAUAAACAAUUUUCUGGGACCUUAAAUUUACAUUUAAUCAAAUGGGAUAGUGUAGCAGUCACCCCGAAAAGUGGAUGGGUUUCCACCUACAGAGAUGUCCUUCUCCCGAGUAUGAGGAGUGUUACCGCAUUCCAAGUAGUCAUCCGAGUCAUCCGAGUAGAGAAACUCUUACAAGAGCUAGUAGUGAUAACUGUAUAGCAGUUCCCUACAAUAAGAGACAAGACUCUGUAUUGAGGGUGAAGUAAGACUGUUUUAAUGGUAGCCAGGCUGGCCUUUUAUGCAAGUCCCCAUCCAAGGUCCAUAUGGACCUUGUUGGGGACAGUGAUACAAGAUUAUCAACCAAAAAUAACAGAGUUAUACAGUGUGACACUCCCAUACAGGACAUACAAUCCCACCCCUCUGCCUGGGAGAUAAUUGAGUCAACUAGUGUAUUUAACUCAAUUAUCGCCAGGCGAAAAAAGAAAAUAAUUUUAAUACAAUCUGAAAGUACCCCAAACACAUAAUAUUUACAUAUCCCCUGAUAUCCCCUGAUAGCCCCGAUCUGGGGGAACAACAUAUUCAAAAAUCACCCAGAUCAGUUCAGGGGUUCAGGAGUUGUAAUAAGACCGCGUUUAUUACCCUGGAAGCAGACCGGCCACAGUCUUAUUUCUGACCAACCGCACACGAGGCUUCUGCCCAGAAUAUUUCCAUAGAAUCAGACUGUGGCCGGUCUGCUUCCAGGGUAAUAAACUAGAGUUUAUAAGAGAAAUAACUGUUCGUGCGCCCGUUCUCAUAGUCAUAGGGGUUCAGGAGAUAUUAUUACAGAACCUCGUCCAUUUCGUCCUUACAGGGAGUGCAGAAUUAUUAGGCAAGUUGUAUUUUUGAGGAUUAAUUUUAUUAUUGAACAACAACCAUGUUCUCAAUGAACCCAAAAAACUCAUUAAUAUCAAAGCUGAAUAUUUUUGGAAGUAGUUUUUAGUUUGUUUUUAGUUUUAGCUAUGUUAGGGGGAUAUCUGUGUGUGCAGGUGACUAUUACUGUGCAUAAUUAUUAGGCAACUUAACAAAAACAAAUAUAUACCCAUUUCAAUUAUUUAUUAUUACCAGUGAAACCAAUAUAACAUCUCAACAUUCACAAAUAUACAUUUCUGACAUUCAAAAACAAAACAAAAACAAAUCAGUGACCAAUAUAGCCACCUUUCUUUGCAAGGACACUCAAAAGCCUGCCAUCCAUGGAUUCUGUCAGUGUUUUGAUCUGUUCACCAUCAACAUUGCGUGCAGCAGCAACCACAGCCUCCCAGACACUGUUCAGAGAGGUGUACUGUUUUCCCUCCUUGUAAAUCUCACAUUUGAUGAUGGACCACAGGUUCUCAAUGGGGUUCAGAUCAGGUGAACAAGGAGGCCAUGUCAUUAGAUUUUCUUCUUUUAUACCCUUUCUUGCCAGCCACGCUGUGGAGUACUUGGACGCGUGUGAUGGAGCAUUGUCCUGCAUGAAAAUCAUGUUUUUCUUGAAGGAUGCAGACUUCUUCCUGUACCACUGCUUGAAGAAGGUGUCUUCCAGGAACUGGCAGUAGGACUGGGAGUUGAGCUUGACUCCAUCCUCAACCCGAAAAGGCCCCACAAGCUCAUCUUUGAUGAUACCAGCCCAAACCAGUACUCCACCUCCACCUUGCUGGCGUCUGAGUCGGACUGGAGCUCUCUGCCCUUUACCAAUCCAGCCACGGGCCCAUCCAUCUGGCCCAUCAAGACUCACUCUCAUUUCAUCAGUCCAUAAAACCUUAGAAAAAUCAGUCUUGAGAUAUUUCUUGGCCCAGUCUUGACGUUUCAGCUUGUGUGUCUUGUUCAGUGGUGGUCGUCUUUCAGCCUUUCUUACCUUGGCCAUGUCUCUGAGUAUUGCACACCUUGUGCUUUUGGGCACUCCAGUGAUGUUGCAGCUCUGAAAUAUGGCCAAACUGGUGGCAAGUGGCAUCGUGGCAGCUGCACGCUUGACUUUUCUCAGUUCAUGGGCAGUUAUUUUGCGCCUUGGUUUUUCCACAAGCUUCUUGCGACCCUGUUGACUAUUUUGAAUGAAACGCUUGAUUGUUCGAUGAUCACGCUUCAGAAGCUUUGCAAUUUUAAGAGUGCUGCAUCCCUCUGCAAGAUAUCUCACUAUUUUUGACUUUUCUGAGCCUGUCAAGUCCUUCUUUUGACCCAUUUUGCCAAAGGAAAGGAAGUUGCCUAAUAAUUAUGCACACCUGAUAUAGGGUGUUGAUGUCAUUAGACCACACCCCUUCUCAUUACAGAGAUGCACAUCACCUAAUAUGCUUAAUUGGUAGUAGGCUUUCGAGCCUAUACAGCUUGGAGUAAGACAACAUGCAUAAAGAGGAUGAUGUGGUCAAAAUACUCAUUUGCCUAAUAAUUCUGCACUCCCUGUAUAGUGCCGAACAUCCGUGAACAUGGAAGUCUUAGCGGUGUUCGUGCUGUCAAGUGCAUGGAACUAGAAUAGGACAAAACACCGCUGUCCGCAUUCGUAUACAAGAUGGCCACCGCCACGUGUUCGGGCACAUGAACGCCGACCACCCAGUCGACCGCUUAUUAUGUUGGAGUGUGUGUGGUUUUUGGAGUUGUUAAGAAGGGUCAGUAAGGUUAACAAGCGCCACACUCCCCAUUUGAGUGGUCCGUCGUUCGGUAGAUCUUUCGUUCGGUAGAACUGACAAUGGUGAAAUAAGGCAUAAUUGUACUUGGUCAAACGGAUAGGUGAAAAGACACAUAAACUUGUCAUAUGUCAAAUAUACAUCGGGGAGGGAUGUUCCCCCAUCUUUUAAUUUGCGGGACAAAUUUGAGGAGGAAAUUCUGGGUCUAUGGCUCCCCCAUACAAACUUAAUAAAUAAUUCCUGAAAUUCGUGCAGCGUACGUUAGGGUAUUCUCAAAGGAAGAGUUCUCAAUAGGUAUCCCAGUUUUAGCUCUAAAUAAGUUCGUACUAAGCUGGGUUCAGAUUUUAGGUGAACUAGAAGGUGCCAGUCAGUCAAAUGCUUUACAUACACGGAUUUUAAACAAGAAUCUGAACUAUUUGCCUGCUGGCAGUGCCAACAGUUAACAAGCAAAUAAUUAUAAUCCUCUGGCACUACAAGGGUUAAUUAUGUGGCGGCUGGCCAGCAGUUACUAACCAGCUGCUACAUUAGAAAAAAAAAAAUCAUUAUCAAUAAAAACUCUUCUCGGUCAAUAAGACCCACACGUUGCUAUAAUGGAAGUUUUAAACGUCCCUCUUUGCCCACGUACCGUGUCGCAGGUGGGGGCAGAUCUACUGAAUGUUAAAACAUAGUGACUGUGCUGCUAUAAUAAGGCCCAUCUCAUUAGGAUGGUGCCUGUAAUAUAAAGGGGGGGUAGAUAAUACCCACCCAAUGGCAUCGAAGGGGGGCUAUAAUUUAAAUAAUGUGGACAGAUUAUAGCCCACCCCCUGCUCUCACUCAUGGCCAGAGGGUGGGGGACAAUACAUAACAAAAAACAAGGGAGGAAAACAUUCUUAUGUCCCCCCUGACCCCACCACUCAGCAGGGGGGAUACUUACUAAAACAGGAGGCCUAAUGUCCCCCCUCUGGACCCCACCUAUUAGCUUUAAUUAUCACAUACAAAGGGGGGUGGACAUGCCAUUGUCGCCCAUCCCAGUUGGCGCCACCCACCUAAUCCUCUAGCCACUUCCGCUUAAAAUAAAUUAACCCUACCCACCCUAAUAAUAUUAAGGAGGUCAUUAAAAACGUUCUUAUCUUCUUAUCUGUCUUGUAAACGUUCUUAUCUUCAGCCCCAAAAAGACCAAAUAAAACCAUAGUACAUGAUCCUGAAAAUAAAAAAACAACUGAUUUACAAAAACAAACAAACCAGAAAACCAAAACCCUGACCCAACAAAAACAGAUCCAUUUGUGAAAAGAAAAAAUGUCUGAAAUGCCAAUCUAUCAGCUGCUACAGCACUGUUACCCACCACGUACAGUAUGCAGGGCAGGUAAGGUGUCACCCUUCAGAUUGGGGGUACCUAACAUCCGGGUCACAUAUAUGAGAAAAAAAGGGGGAAAUCUUAUGGUGAAGUACGAAUGGAAAGUGGUGUAAACUGCAGAUAUAUAAAAAAAAAAAAAACACUCACAAGUAGAGAGCCAAGUAUGGGACUGGCUGGAGUCACGAUCGCUGGAGAGCCAAGUAUGGGACUGGCUGGAGUCACGAUCGCUGGAGAGCCAAGUAUGGGACUGGCUGGAGUCACGAUCGCUGGAGAGCCAAGUAUGGGACUGGCUGGAGUCACGAUCGCUGGAGAGCCAAGUAUGGGACUGGCUGGAGUCACGAUCGCUGGAGAGCCAAGUAUGGGACUGGCUGGAGUCACGAUCGCUGGAGAGCCAAGUAUGGGACUGGCUGGAGUCACGAUCGCUUUGGUUAAUUAGGUGACACCUUUCCCUCUUGUCGUUUCCCUUGUGCUCAAAGAGAAAGCAGAAUAAGACACAAUGGGUGAAGUGGUAAAUAUAAUAUAUAUUACUCACCUUUCCAGAGAGUAAAAUAAACCUGGCUCUGGGUGUAAACGCCUAUUACCCACUAAAGGGGGGUAACCUGUAGGCACCCAGACCACUUCUGCCCAUUGGAGUGGUCUGGGUGCCAACUCCCAUCACCCUUAAUCCUGCAAGUGUAAUUAUUGCAGGGUUAGUCCUCCUCUAGUGGCUGUCUAUCAGGGACUUCCGGGUUCUUAAAACACAAAAAUUGCUUUAAACAAAACUGGACGUCCUCACGCUUUGCAUGAGGACCUCCAGCGUCGCCGGAAUCCUCAUAGGAAAGUAUUGAAUAAUGACGUCGGCAGGGGAGGAGCGUGGGUGGAGCCUGACACAGCACCAAGGGACAUCAGCGCUGGAUUUAGGUAAGUCACUGAAGGGAUUCUGCAGUGCCAGGAAACGGAUUUGUUUGAGUCACUUUAAGGACCAGGGCUGUUUUUGCAUUUCUGCGGUGUUUGUGUUUAGCUGUAAUUUUCAUCUUAUUCAUUUACUGUACCCACACAUAUUAUAUACCGUUUUUCUCACCAUUAAAUGGUCUUUCUAAAGAUACUAUUAUUUUCAUCAUAUCAUAUCAUUUACUAUAAAAAAAUAAAAUAUGAAUAAUUUUUUUUUUUAAACAUACUUUUUCUAACUUUGACCCCCAAAAUCUGUUACACAUCUACAGCCGACAAAAAAUACCUGUGCUAAAUAAUUUCUAAAUGUUGUCCUGAGUUUAGAAAUACCCAAUGUUAACAUGUUCUUAGCUUUUUUUGCAAGUUAUAGUAUUAUUAUUGCCAUUUAUAUAGCGCCAACAGAUUCUUUACAAUAUUAUAAGAGGGGGAUUUAAUUAUAAAUAGGACAAUUACAAGAAAACUUACAGGAACAAUAGGUUGAAGAGGACCCUGCUCAAACGAGCUUACAGUCUAUAGGAGGUGGGGUGUAAAACACAACAGGACAGGAGGUAGCAAUCAAACAAGUGAAGCAGAGCUGGAGGAGAGAGUAGAGUGCUGCCCUUUAGGAGAGGGCAAGAGACAGGUAUGUGAGGUAGAGGUUACUCUGGGAGGCCAUAAGCUUUCCUGAAGAGAUGGGUUUUAAGGCACUUCUUAAAGGAUUGAAGACUAGGGGAGAGUCUGAUGGUAGUAGGCAGACUAUUCCAUAGGACGGUGGGCCCCCUGAGCGGGGGGUGGGGGCCAUAAAUAAAAAUCCCCCCCCAACCCCUCGUCACCCCUCUCCCCCCUAAAAAAUUACCCCUACCUACCCCCCUCAUUCUAAAAAUAAUGAGGGAGGACCCUUGUCUAAAUACCUGUAAAAAAAAAAAUAGACUUACCAUUUGAUGUCUUCUUUCUUCUAAAAUCUUAUUUUUUGAUCCCCAAAAAAGACCAAAUAAAAAUCCAAAAUAACCGACGCACUUAAAAAAAAUAAAAAAAUAAUCCAUCUUUACCCAUCGUGAGCUCUGCACAGACUGAGCUCUGCAGGGCGCGGGAAGGCUUAUAAAGCCUUUCCCCGCCCUGCAAUUAGGCUCAGAGCACUCUGAUUGGUGGGUUUAAGCCAUCCAAUCAGAGUGCUCUGACAGGUAAAUGAAGAGACUGACAGGUAAGUCUCUACAUUUACCUGUCACAGCACUCUGAUUGGUUAGCUUGAAAUCCACCAAUCAGAGUGCUCUGUGUCAGUUUACACAGUGUGGGAAAGUUCUUUGGAAUUUUCCCAAGCUGUGUAAAAUGACACAGAGCACUUUGAUUGGUGGAUUAAGUAACCAGAGUGUUAUGAGUCAAAUUACACAGCAUGGGAAAAUUCCAAAAAACUAAAAUGACACAGAGCACUCUGAUUUGUUACUUAAUCCACCAACUGAUAUUCCUCUAUGAUGGGAUUCCGAGACAUUCAAAAUGGUAAAUGACAGUUUGGGACCCCGAAAAUAUUUCUCACAUGUAGAAUCUGUUUAUACUAUGUCUUGGGACCUGCACAUCCUUUACUAUGUUGAUGACUCCGGAAGGGCCUGCUAGCCCAUAAUCUACAGUAAUCUAAACAUUGCCACAUUACCUUGAAUGCAUACUUGAGAUACUGGGGACCUGCAAGUCCUGUUGUUCUAUCUGCUACGUGAAUAACUUAAAUAUGUAGAAAUAUUGAUUUACAACAACAAAAUUUGAUCUGUUUAGCAGAUAGCUCCUUAAUUUAAAAUACUUACUUGGGAUCACCAUAUGUAAAGAUACCAGAAUAGGAAGCUAUCUACUAUAGCACAGCUCCCUUCCUUAAAUAUGGCAAUCCCACACAAGGGACCACAUUAGGGACCACAUUAGGGACUUAUCUACUUAUAUAAACCAUGGAAAGACUUGGUGGUGCCUGCGACAUUCCACUCGGCCACAUAAAAAUACAGAUUCGAAGAUAUUGAUUGCAUUUAGGUUGAACCAAUGAAAUAUUGAAUAAUAUGUGAUUCAUAACUUGUAGCAGAGUAACAUUGUGUAGUUUAGAGUAGCACUGUGUAGAGUACAGAGUAACAAUGUACAGCGUAUAGAGUAACAAUGUACAGCGUAUAGAGUAACAAUGUAUAGUAUACAGAGUAACAAUGUAUAGUAUACAGAGUAACAAUGUACAGCGUAUAGAGUAACAAUGUAUAGUAUACAGAGUAACAAUGUAUAGUAUACAGAGUAACAAUGUACAGCGUACAGAGUAACAAUGUAUAGUAUACAGAGUAACAAUGUACAGCGUAUAGAGUAACAAUGUACAGCGUAUAGAGUAACAAUGUAUAGUAUACAGAGUAACAAUGUAUAAAGUAUAGAGUAACAAUGUGUAGAAUACAGACUGAUGUGUAACUUGUAGCAGAGUAACAUUUUGUAGUUUAGAGUAGCAUUGUGUAGCAGAGUAACAUUAUAGUAAAACUACCUCAGUUGUCCUAUGUGUUUCCACAUCAUGCUUUUCCCUCUUAUUUCCCUUGCUCCCUCUGCCUCCUCUGCCCCCUUUGAGCCUUUCCUUUUCCUGAUGGAUGGUUCACUGUGGUACGGCAAUGGGGAGUCGGUGCUGCUAAUUACAGAUCUCUCUCCUGUCUCAGCGGGUAUUGAGAUAUCAUAGCAGUAAGUACAUUGACUUGUUUGUUUCCUGUUAGGCUUUGUAGCUGCUCACGAUGAAGGCUCCCUGAGAGACAAACUCUUUGAAAAUUACAGCGCCAACAUCCGUCCGACCAGGAGACACAACGAGAAAGUUACAGUGCAAGUGGGCAUGACAUUGGCUCAAUUCAUCAGCCUGGUAAGGAAGCAGGUCUAAUAUAUAUAUAUAUAAUAAUAUAUCCCAACCCCUGACAGGAGCAAUUGUAACAAUAUAAUAAACGUUAUUCAUUCACCUGUCCGUGGGAUUAAUGUCGUGACCAAUCAGUGUAUGUAAAGGUGAUAUUUUAGUUUUUCUUUUUAAUAAAUGUUAUACAAUAUUUAUCUAUUGUGUGUAGAUAAAAUUAGUAAUUUGGACAGUUGUACAAUAAGGCUACAAGAUACAAAAGACUUGAAUAAAAAUGGAAGGGGUCUGAAUACUUUCUGAAUGCACGGUAUAUAACUUUAUUAAAGAAUUAAAUACUGGAUUUUGUUUUUGUGGUAAUUAUAAAAAUAAAGUAAAAUGUUAACAUUGUGCUGGAAAAGGUCUCCAAAUAUGCUACUUUAAGGUUUUACAGAAAAUGCAUGUUCUAUUAAAGUUUUGAUUUCUUCUUUCAUUAGCUAACUUUGCCUAAGCUCACACAGGAGCCUGCUUUUCACUAGCUGACUAUUAAUAAAAAAAAUUCAUAUUUUUGGAUAAGUUCUUCAAAUUAUUCAAAUCUGUUACAAAAACUUUCCAAAUUAUCUAUCUACAAAAAUUCACAGAGGUUUUAAUAGGGAAUUCUGUAGAUAAAUUAUUUUUAAAGUUUUUUCCAACAGUGUUGAAUCAUUUGAAAAUGCACAUGGAGCAUUAAAAUGAUGUAACUGUAGGUGCUAAUUGUGUAGUAGAGUAGAAAGGAAAAGUCUAAGAUUCCAGUAGGACCCAUUCAGGGAAAUCCAUAGUGUUUCACACCUUCUCACUAACCUCUUCUUUUUCUAUAGAAUGAAAAGGACGAGAAACUCAAUACGAAAGUGUACAUGAAUCUGGUUGGUAUGGCGUGUCUAUAGCCCCGUUACAGUGUUACUUGGUUGCAUCUAUCUUGGUGAAGGACUGUGUGCACUCUUAUAAUAAUGUAUUAUCAAUAUAUUAGACGCCAUGGCAGGAGCCGUGUUCUAGUACAGGUUCCAGCCGUUUCAUUGAUUUGGCAACACUAUAAACUCAUUAAUGUGCCAACACAACCGAUGAUGUCAAAAAGUGGGGCACACUCGGUUCCUCCAGGAAAAUUAAGAGGAUAACCCUAAAAGGAGACCAAAUAGUAUUGUUGGGCCCGACACUAAUUAUGUUUAAAACAACAGAAUUUUUUAUUAAUUCAUUAUAAAAACACAUAGAACAUAAACACACCAAAAUAGUGAACCCUCUAUCAUAAAGUGUUUGCACUAAUGAAAGAAACUGGACGUUUGAGUAAAUAUAGAUUUCUAAGGGCUCAGGGAAUGGCUUGCUAUGUGGAUCAUGGUCAGUAGGCAAUUCCUCAGGUUUCGGAGACUAAUGAUCACUCCAACUCAACUCUUGUUCACUAACAGGGAGAUGUCACCACUGCCAAAGGGUGGUCAAAUAAUGAAUUUGACAAUGAUACAAGUAUGGUGGUAUUGUAACCAAGUAACCAUUUCAUUUGUAUCAUAAGAGACAAAUAAGUCAUUGUACGUAACUACAAGCAUAUUGUUAGAUUAUAGAAGAGACAGAUAGGGAGUAGAUAGCCUGGCAAUUAGCUUUGUAUACUUAACAGAGGACCAGGCAACGUACAGGAAUAAAGUCAAAUGUAGAUAGGUAAGUUAAUAAAGACUAGUUUAGGUAGAUCCUACAUAAUACAUGGUGUAUCAUGCUUAUCAGCCACUAGAGUGGGAAUACUACAUCGAAUGACCCCACAAAAUUCCCACAAAAUCCACCCCAAUCACAUGACCAUAUCCUAAGUAUUGGUUACUACCACUGGACCUGUACAUAAACUGGUCCAGUUUCUUUAAUCAGAUAGCACACUGUUUUGAGAGAGGGUUCACUUUUUGGUGUGCUUGUUUUCUGUGUUAUACCUCGUUCAUAGCGUUUUCAUACCAUUUUAUUGAUUUGUCCCUCCGUCAGAUCUAUUUCCUAGGUCCCACUAGUUGUUUUUUUCCAUCUUUCCUCCAUUGCUUCCGAUGUUUUAAUCAACUUCCUUUCCCCAUUUCCUCAGGUCUGGACAGAUUAUCGCCUAACAUGGAAUCCCAAAGAGAAUGAUGGUAUCACAUCUUUACGAAUAUCCUCGGGAAAUGUCUGGAAACCAGAUAUCAUCUUAAUGAACAAGUGAGAGACCUUGUGGGCUAACAGUCACAGGAUUGGAGGUUCCUUCUAUGCUUGUCUCCAACAUUCUUUGCUUCUCUUUACUUCUCUCAUUUCUCGUAGUUAUGAUGGGAACUUUAACAUGGCUCUAGAUGUAGAUGUUUUGGUCGAAUCCAAUGGAAGUGUGACUUGGGAGCCACCGGGUGUGUUCCAGAGUAGCUGCAGCAUUGAAGUGAGUUACAGGACAAUUAGAGGGUGAUGUGUAAAGUGCUUGUUGGGUCUCACGGUGGUUUAAACAAUCCUGUCUCUGUCUGAAAAGGUCCAGUACUUUCCCUUUGACUGGCAGAAUUGCAGUAUGGUGUUUCGUUCUAUCACGUAUUCUGCGGAGGAGGUAACGCUUGUCCAUGCCAAGGAUGCUCAAGGAAAGGACAUAACACAAGCCGUUAUUUUCUCCAACACAUUCGAGGGUGAGUGAUAAGGACUUCUAUAUGAGUAAAUCCAUAAACCAAUUCAAUAUUGAUUAGAUCAACAAGCAAGCACAGGGUCCAAUGAACGACAAGUGACACUUAUUAUAUCAUUAUAAUAAUUUUACUGUAAGAACACUCUGUUUAUAGUCCUUGGUCUAGAAUAAAGUUCAUUUUUUUGUGUUUAUUUUGUUAAUAUUUUUCAUUUGUAAGAAGGAAAAAGAGAGAAAAUGUGUCCCUCCAAUAAAGUCAAACAAUAGUACUGGUUAAAAAUCUCGAAGAUACUUUAUUAAGUCGAAAAAAGACUAACAUACAAAGAAUAUAGGGGAAGCCAUAGCUGUAGCUACCACACAUAAAAUAGCAUACCUUGAGAGAGAGAGGCUACAACCGGGAAAAAAGAAUACAGGAAAGGGGGUGAAGAAUAACACGUACGUGUGUACAAAGAUAAGGUACAGCCCAGAACUAACAUGCAGAUGGUAAUCAAUGCUUAAUCUGCGAUAGAAUAAUACACCAAAAUAUAAUAUAGAGGGUAAUAUAGGGUACCGAGAACGGAUUAGGACACGAGAGAGAGACUUAUUUAAUAGACGUAAUCAUGCUCUGCAAAAUGAUAGCUGACUAAGCAGCGGUAAAUGUCAGUACAACAGUGUAACACGUGUGUAUCUGACACUAUAUAUAUUAGCAAUAAUAAUGUUACAAUUACCCUCAGACACAAAGUACAUCAAUGUGUCUAAAAUACGUGGAACCAAAAUAGUAAGGGUAAUGAGCAGAUCAUAGGUUGCUACAGUACAGUGUAAUGAAGAACAGCCUUACUAAAAAAAUCGCAAACCAAUUCUCGGUAAAUACUAUAUAUCCCACUGGUGCUAAUGUCCUCAUGGGAAUAAAACGGAACUGCCUCACAAUACUAUGCUCCCUGAAAAAAAAAACAAAUAAAGUAUGAUAGCUAAUAAUAACUCCUAAGGCCACAAAUUACUGGUCUAAUUUUUUUUUUCAGGGAGCAUAGUAUUGUGAGGCAGUUCCGUUUUAUUACCAUGCGGACAUUAGCAUGUUAGUUCUGGGCUGUACCUUAUCUUUGUACACACGUACGUGUUAUUCUUCACCCCCUUUCCUGUAUUCUUUUUUCCCGGUUGUAGCCUCUCUCUCUUGAGGUAUACUAUUUUAUGUGUGGUAGCUACAGCUAUGGCUUCCCCUAUAUUCUUGGUAUGUUAGUCUUUUUUCGACUUAAUAAAGUAUCUUCGAGAUUUUUAACCAGUACUAUUGUUUGACUUUAUUGGAGGGACACAUUUUCUCUCUUUUUCCUUCUUUCUAAUUGUUCCAUUAGGGUUACCCCCUGUUGUGUCCCCUUGGACUUGUGGCCAACUAGUCUUUAUUCAUAUUUUUCAUUUGUAUUUUUGUUUCCUACAGAGAAUGGGCAGUGGGAGAUUCGACAUCGCUCUUCCCGUAAGAACACAAUCCCCACAGAUCCAUCGUACGAAGAUAUCACGUUCUACCUGGUGAUUCGGAGGAAACCUCUCUUCUACAUCGUGAAUAUCAUUGUUCCAUGUGUUCUCAUCACCAUCCUGGCUAUUUUUGUCUUCUACCUUCCCCCAGAUGCUGGUUAGAACCCAAAUCUUAUAGUAAUAUUCCUACAAGUUAUUUUACUGAUGAAAGUGUCUUGUCAAAAAUAUUAAUCUCCAAUGGGACGUGGGACACAAAGGAACUGGGGCAAAGAGGGAGAUGGUAAACGAUAACAGAUCAAUAGUGAGUGAGAAUUGGAAUAUAUCAUAAGACAUAGAUCAGCAGUUGGUAAGAAGAAUCUAAAGAUUUUAGCUGUAAAGACAGAUUAGUAGUUGCUGUGAGGAGUUCAGUUGGCACAGUGUAAAUAUUCAGCCCGCGUGCUACAUAUUAUUUAAAAAGAAAAAAGGAAAGAGCUGUUCUAAUUCCUGUACAGGGCAGAAUACUUGGAACACGAGAGAGCAUUCCGUUACCCUCACAGUGAUUAGUGUCAUGUGGUUGAAUAUAAAAUUGCUUACUGCCUAAAUUCAUUCUGGGCCCCAGUACCUAACACGCGUUAGAAAUUGUAAUGGAUCGCCUGUAUUCCGACCGAGUACCUUCCUUUGAUGGAUGCUUCCUAGCUUGCGCCGAGGACCACAAGCACCGCACCGGACACCACAACCACCGCAGACUCCACAACCGCCGUAGCUUAACUGGAGUCUCGCCGUCUUCCCUGGAUCAGCCUCUGUCCUCCAGGACCAUGUGGGAAAGACCUCUCCUCCAGGAGAGCGUAACAGGAACAGCUCUUAAAAGAGCUUAGUGAUUAAAACUCAGGGCAGUAUACAAGUAUAGCAAUCCCCAGUGUGAAUAUAGCUGUCCCCUCUAAUCACGAGAUAAGACUAUGUGUUGAGGGUCAAAAAGAUCUGUUUUAAUCAGCACCAAAGGACUGAUUUUCUAGAACAGUGGUUCUACGUGGUUUUGUAGAACAGCCAAUCAAACACGUACAAUACAGUUAAACACUCCCAUUCAUUCCAGCAAAAUCCUCCCCUCUGUGAUAGUAUUACUGUACACAAUGGGUUAAUGUAAUUAUCACAGGCAGGAAAAUACAGUUUUUAUACAAUUCUUAUAACUCACAAAAUAUACAUACAAUCUCCAUAAAAGUUACAUAUUAUAAAUCAGCAUACUUCAAAUACAAACAUACCCAAAAAUCAGACAAUUCCCUCCAGUCAGGGCCAGACUGGGGAUUCCAAAGCAGCCCUGGAAAAAAAAAAUCUAUGCCAGCCCCAUAAGUCAUUGCGCCAUAUAUUGUCGCAUGUAAGGCUAUGUCUUGCCACCCCAGAUGAUUGAAAGAGAUAAUAUAUAUAUAUAUAUAUAUAUAUAUAUAUAUAUAGGUCCUUUCAGAGUAAAAUUUUUAAUUAUACAGUAAGCAUACUCACAUGCAGACACAGACAAUCUCACUGACACAAGCGGAUUGAUACACAGCCUCAUAGACAAACAAUCUCACUGAUAUACAUAAGGUCAUUGACAUAAAAACACAAGCUCACUCAGUAGCAGGCACACACACACACACACACAAGCAAGCCCACUCACUAGCAGACGCGCACACACACAAACACACAGCUUAAUGCAGUGGUUCUGGUGUCUGUAGCCUGUCCCUGCAUGCUUUUUAGAGAAAAGGCAGUGUUUACAUUGCUUCCUAGUGACAGACACUCAGACGGUCACUAGAGGUGCUUCCUGAGUCAGUGCUGAUUGGCUGAGAUCAUCAAGCUUGAUGAUCUCAGCCAUAGAGGCAGGGCCAGUCAAGGGGCGACCAGCAUGACGUGGGGGGGAAAAAAGGUGAGUAAAAACACACACACACACAUACCAUGACAGACACGCACCAUGACACAGACAGACCGUGACACAGACACACACACACACACCGUGACAAAGACAGAAACACACACACACACACACACCCCGUGACAGACAGAAACACAGACACACCAUGACAGAGACACACACACACACCUUGACACACACCAUAACAGGCCAUGACACAAACACACACGCACUGUAACAUAGACACACAUUACAUGACACAGACAGACACACACACACACACACACACACAACCAACACAGAGAGACUGUGACACAGACACACACACCGUGACACAGAUUACAUGACACAGACAGACACACACACACACCAUGACAAACACACACACACCAUGACACAUACAGACCGUGACACAGACAGACCGUGACACAGACAGACACACAUUACAUGACAGACACACACACACAAUGCCACAGACAUACACACCAUGACAGACAGAGACACACACACCAUGACACAGACAGACACACACACACACACACACACACAAUGACACAGACAGACACACACACACCAUGACACAGACAGAGACACACACCAUGACAGAGACAGAGACACACACCAUGACAGAGACACACACCAUGAAAGAGACAGACACACACACACCAUGACACAGAGACACACACACACACCAUGACACAGAGACACACACACACACCAUGACAGACAGACACACACACAUAUACACUCACACACAUAAUUUCUACCUGUGUGCUGGCUGCCGCAGAGGGAGCUGGCUGUUCUGUCUCUGCUCCCCCGCCCAAGCGCGCAGCUUAAUGAGACCGGGGCCGGAAUAUGACGUCAUAUUCCGGCCCCGGUCUCUUUCUAGCGCGCGAGGGAGCAGAGACAGAACAGCCAGCGCCCCCUGCGGCCGCCAAAAGAGCUCCCUCUGUGGCUGCAAGAAGAGCCAGCUGCCUGCCCGGCCCCAGCUGCCGACGGAAAUUUCCCGGUAUCCCGGUGGGCCAGUCCGGCCCUGCCUCCAGUGGUUAAAAAGUUAGCUGGAAGUCCUUUUUGACCGACCACAAGCAUGGCUUUCCUGCCCAAAACAGUUCCAUAGAUUUGGGCUGUGCGGUCGGUCUAUUUUACACUGAAAAAUAAGUAAGUCCCAUUCAAAUGCACGGAUGGGGAACCGUUCAUGCAAAUGGCUUAGUAUAACUGUGCGUUUGAAUCGUCGAACGCACUUCGAUUUUAGCCGAAGCAUCGAAGUGGAGGAGAAGGUAAGGGUCAGCAGUGUUCGUGCAAAUGUUUAGCCGAUUUUAGUUCCAUGGAUUUGACGACACACACCGCUGACCGGGUUCGACUAUAUAAAGAUGGCCGCCACCACGUGUUCGAAUGGACGAACGGCGGCCACCCAGCGGUUGGCAAUUAACCUGCGGUUAACCACCAGCCUGGGAGGUAAAUUGCCUGCACACUUCCACUUAUGUGUGGUCCGCCUGUGCAGUAAUUGGUUUGGUAAGCCCCAUUUACCGAACAAAGUGGGAAAAGGACAAGAGCAAGUUAUUUUCACAGUCUGGGGACUCUGGGGGCACGGUUUCAAGGGGCACUGUUCCAAUUUUCACUAAGUCCCAAUAAUGUGCUUAAAGGGCGAACAUUAGUCUAAUAAAAGUCCAUAAGCCCCAAUAAUGUUUUUAAAGGGCCAUACACCCUAGGGCCAUAGUCACAGGGCAAGAGGCUGGCAAGAGGCUCUCCAGGACAGAAAUCAACUCAGGAAAACAUGUAUCAAUAUAAAGAAUUAACCUCCAGCUCUCGGAGAUGGAGUGAUAACUAGUGUUGGGUGUAAAAUACUUGUAGUGGCCACUAGAUGGGGCUCGUGUCUACUUUACUAACAAGCCAAAUCUAUUGUCCACAGAAAGAUCAAUACAUAGAAUAUUGAUUAUGGGUUCUGAGGUCACCUAUAUCAGAGCCGAAUAAGAGAACGCCGCAACGAGGUACAGAUAAUGUAAGAACCUCAAUUUGGUAAAUGAAGUCCACCCUAAUGAGAUUGAGUACUGGAUCAUGGUCGACUUACCCCAUGAUGGGCCGUCUCUAAACUGGGUCAAUGUGGGAAUAAACUCAGGGGGUUUAUAAAUGGAACAAGCUGGUAAUACAGUCCUACUCCGCGGCUGAUACAGACAUAUCAACACAGCCUGCCAUACCCUAUAGAUGGCAUUGGAUAUAAUUAUAUAUAUAUACACACACACAUACACACACACACACACACAUACUGUCUAUACAUCAAAUGAAGUACGAAACCUGAUUGUCUACCUUGGACAAUAACUACCUAUAUGUGUUUGGUGUGCUGGCAUAGAGAUGGUGGUGGUGAUGGUAUAGAGAGGGUGAUGGUGAUGGUAUAGUGAGAGCAGUUGGUGAGAUGGUAUAGAGAGGGUGGUGGUGAUGGUAUAGAGAGAGCAGUUAGUGAGAUGGUAUAGCGUUAUUGUGAUGGUGUAGAGGAAGGUCAGUGACUGUUAAAUUUCUUACUUUGAGGAACACAUUUCUCCAUCCCCUUCAUUUUUUCUUCUUCCUCAAUACUCCCACAUUGAUCACAUAUCCCCCAACACUGUCGAAUAUCUCCCCACAUUGUCUAAUAUCUCCCCACAUUGUCUAAUAUCCCCCCACAUUGUCUAAUAUCCCCCCACAUUGUCUAAUAUCCCCCCACAUUGUCUAAUAUCUCCCCACAUUGUCUAAUAUCUCCCCACAUUGUCUAAUAUCCCCCCACAUUGUCUAAUAUCCCUCCACAUUGUCUAAUAUCCCCCCACAUUGAUCACAUAUCCCCCCACAUUGUCUAAUAUCCCCCCACAUUGUCUAAUAUCUCCCCACAUUGUCUAAUAUCCCCCCACAUUGUCUAAUAUCUCCCCACAUUGUCUAAUAUCCCCCCAACAUUGUCGAAUAUCUCCCCACAUUGUCUAAUAUCCCCCCACAUUGUCUAAUAUCCCUCCACAUUGAUCUCGUCUCCCCACUUGCUCUCAUAUCUCCCCACUUGCUCUCAUGUCUCCCCAGGUGAGAAGAUGACUCUCUCAAUCUUCGCCUUGCUCACUCUCACUGUGUUCCUGCUGCUUCUUGCAGAUAAAGUGCCCGAGACUUCAUUAGCAGUCCCCAUCAUAGUUAAUUACCUCAUGUUUACUAUGACGCUUGUUACCUUCUCUGUCAUUCUGAGUGUCGUAGUCCUGAAUCUCCAUCAUCGCUCGCCCAACACGCAUCAAAUGCCUCAAUGGGUGCGCCAGGUAAUGAACAACUGUAUAUUCUGAUAGGAAAGAUGUUAUUACAUGUAAUUAUUAUUAUUAAUUAUUAUUACUGAUGUCUAUAGGCAGUUUGUAUAUGUGUGUAGUAAAACCAGUUUAAAGUUUGUAUCGUGGAAAUGUCACCAGCUAAGAACAAUAUGUGUGUAAGUUGGUUAAUGCACCAAUUUUAGAAAGUUUUCAAUCUGGAGUCCAUGGAUUAACUGCGCCCCUUACCUUCCAAUGAACAUUCUGAAAUGAUUGAAAAUCUCACAUUACUACCCUUGGCCUCCUAGAGGCCGCCUGAGUCCCCUAAUUGUUCUGCUGGUAAAACACACUUUGGGACAUAUUCCCUAAACUGAAAAUUAAAGAUAAUUUUUACCCUAAAACCUAAAUACCUUUAUGUUCUGCUUAGGUUCUGCUUAUGACCAAGGAUCAGAACGUCACAUUCCUGCUUUUUGUAGCAAUGUAAUUCAUUCCCAAUCUGCUCCCUAUAUUAUAUUUUAGCCGCUCUCUUUACGCCAUUUCCCUGAACUUUGCACUCACUCUAAUUGCAGAUAUUUAUCUUACAUCUACCUCGAUACCUUCGAAUCCGCCGACCCAAACCAGAGCCGUCGCUGCCAGUGCUACCUUCACCGCGCCCGGUCACUGCGCCGCGGCACGCCGAUGAGUACUUUAUACGAAGGCCGGAAAGUGACUUCAUCCUGCCUAAAGCUGACAGGUGCGUACUGAGUAUACCAUAGAAUGGUGGUAAGUAUCUGUACAGGAGGGGAGUAACAAUGUAUUUAUAAUGAUACUUUCAUAUUAUUUCAUUUUAUUGAGACAUGGUCUCCAGGAUCUACUGAAAGUCGAAAAAUUUCAAUGUAUCCUCCUGGUAACAUAGUGUUUACUUAUACUACUGUCAUACUAUGUAUUAAAUAGAAAAAAGGGAAUUGUGGGCACACCCGGAACAUGCAUUCUGCAGGAGUGAUGCUACCGUAGAAACCAGAAUAUAUUAAUAAUACAGAUUAAGGAGCAGCACACACAUAAGAAUACAUUUCUAAAUUCUAUAAGGCUACUUAAAAUCACCUAUCUCAGCAAAUAAAUAUGGGGAUGCAGACCCAGCAUAUGGUCAUAUCGUGUUAAGCCCACUGCUACUUCAAAGUACCCAAAUAUCGGUGGGUCCUACACUAAUUAUGUCACAGUACCCCAUUAUCGGUGGGUCCUACACUAAUUACAUCACAGUAUCCCAAUAUCAGUGGGUCCUACACCAAUUACUUCAAAGUACCCAUGGGUCCUGCACUAAUUAUGUCACAGCACCCCAAUAUUGGUGGGUCCUACACCAAUUACUUCAAAGUACCCCAAUAUCAGUGGGUCCUACACUAAUUACAUCACAGUAGCCCAAUAUCGGUGGGUCCUACACUAAUUAUAUCACAGUACCCCAAUAUUGAUGGGUCCUGCACUAAUUAUGUCACAGUACCCCAAUAUCGGUGGGUCCUACACCAAUUACUUCAAAGUACCCCAAUAUCGGUGGGUCCUACACUAAUUAUGUCACAGUACCCCAAUAUCGGUGGGUCCUACACUAAUUACUUCACAGUACCCCAAUAUCAGUGGGUCCUACACUAAUUACAUCACAGUACCCCAAUAUUGAUGGGUCCUGCACUAUGUCAUUAUGUCACAGUAUCCCCAACACUAAUUAUGUCACAGUGGUGGGUCCUACACCAAUUACUUCACAGUACCCAAUAUCAGUGGGUCCUACACUAAUUACAUCACAGUACCCCAAUAUUGAUGGGUCCUGCACUAAUUAUGUCACAGUACCCCAAUAUUGGGUGGUCCUACACCAAUUACUUCAAAGUACCCCAAUAUCAGUGGUCCUACACUAAUUACAUCACAGUACCCCAAUAUUGAUGGGUCCUGCACUAAUUAUGUCACAGUACCCCAAUAUCGGUGGGUCCUACACCAAUUACUUCAAAGUACCCCAAUAUGGGUGGGUCCUACACUAAUUAUGUCACAGUACCCCAUUAUCGGUGGGUCCUACACUAAUUACUUCACAGUACCCCAAUAUCAGUGGGUCCUACACUAAUUACAUCACAGUACCCCAAUAUUGAUGGGUCCUGCACUAAUUAUGUCACAGUACCCCAAUAUUGGUGGGUCCUACACCAAUUACUUCAAAGUACCCCAAUAUCAGUAGGUCCUACACUAAUUACAUCACAGUACCCCAAUAUCGAUGGGUCCUGCACUAAUUAUGUCACAGUACCCCAAUAUCGGUGGGUCCUACACUAAUUAUGUCACAGUACCCCAAUAUCGGUGGGCCCUACACUAAUUAUAUCACAGUACCCCAAUAUCAGUGGGCCCUACACUAAUUCAAAAGUGGAAGACAAAUUAAACAGUGCUAGUGCUAAAUGUAUUUUAAUAAUCUGUUUAUUAACAUUGUAUAUAUAUAAUGCAAAAUGAAUGUGAGUGCUUUGAUGUAUAUACACACAAUGCACAUAAUAUAUCUGCUCUAUGGAAAUUAUAAAUAAAGGGACAUUAUUAUCCCAAACCUCCUAAAAUGUAUACCUUCCUGUGGUCACCACCAAAAGGGGCCUCUGAAGCUGAGAUAAGUGAUUUUAAGUAAAUUUGUAAUAUUUAAAACUUUGUGUGUGUGUUGUUCCUUAAUCUUUACUAGUAGAGUUGAGCGGACACCUGGAUGUUCGGGUCCGGCGGGUUCAGUCGAACUUUGAAAAAAAGUCCGGGUUCGAACUUGACCCCGAACCCAAACCCCAUUGAAGUCAAUGGGGACCCGAACUUUUGGCCACAAAAAUGGCUCUAAAAAACUCCUGGAAAGGACUAGAGGGCUGCAAAAGGAAGUAAAAUGGGGGUAAGAGGAGGACAAGUGCCCUGCAAACAAAUGUGGAUAGGGAAAUCACUUAAAAUAAUAUAAAAUAAGCAGCCGCUUAGUAGAUUACUCCCUAAUUCCCAUGGUAUUAGGGAGCUAUCUACUAAAAGGCUGAAAGACCUAAAUUGGUCUUUCAGCCACAUUUACUAAUACUAAUAAAGAUUACUUUGUAAAUUCUGCCCCUACAGCAUGUCUAGUAAACAGUGAGCAGCCAGUGGCCCUGUGCGACGGGUGGGGGCCCUAAAUAAGAAUGUGAAGGGGGGGACCUACUGUCGUCCCCCCUGGCCCUCACCCCUGCGCGGCGGGUGGGGGCCCUAAAUAACAAUAAGGGGGGGACCUACUGUCCUCCUCCCCCGUCCUCCACCCCUGAGUGGUGGGUGGGGGCCAUAAAUAAAAAUCCCCCCCCCCAGGUGACUAGGGGUCCCCAAAUUCCUAGUCACCCCACUCCCUCCCAAAAAAUUACCCCUACCUACCCCCCUCACCCUAAAAAUAAUGAGGGGGGGACCAUUUAACUAAGUACCUGUAAAAAAAUAAAACUUACCAUUUGAUGAUUUCUUUCUUCUAAAAUCUUAUUUCUUCAGCCCCAAAAAAGGCCAAAUAAAAAUCCAGAAUAACAGACGCACUUUAAAAAAAAAAAAACGAGCGCAAAAAAAAAAAUCCAUCUUCACCCAUGGAGGGCUCAGCACAGACUGAACUCUGCAGGGCGGGGGAUGGCUUAUAAAGCCUUGCCCCGCCCUGUAGUUAGGCUCAGAGCACUCUGAUUGGUGGGUUUAAGCCAUCCAAUCAGAGUGCUCUGACAGGUAAAUGAAGAGACUGACAGGUAAGCUGCCACAGCACUCUGAUUGGAUGGCUUGAUUUGGAAUUAUCCCACUCUGUGUAAUUUUACUCAGAGCACUCUGAUUGGUGGAUUUCAAGCUAACCAAUCAGAGUGCUGUGACAGGUAAAUGUAGAGACUUACCUGUCAGUCCCUUCAUUUACCUGUCAGAGCACUCUGAUUGGAUGGCUUAAACCCACCAAUCAGAGUGCUCUGAGCCUAAUUGCAGGGCGGGGCAAGGCUUUAUAAGCCUUCCCCCGCCCUGCAGAGCUCAGUCUGCGCGGAGCCCUCCAGGGGGGUGACUAGGAAUUUGGGGAUCCCUAUUCACCUGGGGGGGAGGGGAAUUUUUAUUUAUGGCCCCCACCCACCGCUCAGGGGUGGGGGCUGGGGGGGGCAAUAGGUCCCCCUUUUAGUUUAGUUUAAAAGCCACCACUCGCGCGUCGUGGGUGGGGGCUCAGGAGGGGGGGAUUAUUUUUUUGUUAACAGUGAGCUGCUCACUGUUUAAUAGACAUGCCCCUACUAGCUGAGUCACAUGCUGCACUGGCCAAUUACAGCCAUGCCAUUAGUAGGCAUGGCUGCAGGGCCGGAUUGGGAAAAUAAUUAGGCCCGGGCAUUUUUCAAUUAGAGCGGCCCCCCAAGAAGGGGGCGGGGCCAGAGAGGGUGUGUUUUGUCAUCACUAAUGACAACACGCCCCCUCUCAAAGUGAGCAUGCUGGUUCAAUGCCCAGAGCCCUGCUGAAGAGCUCUGGCAUUAGAAAAAGGCCCUGAAUUUGUUCUGCGCAGCGCAAGCAAAUGUAAUAACAUGCUUGCGCUGUGUUUGCUUUUAAAUUGUCUCUGGUGUCUCUACAAGUGGGAUACCAGAGGACAAAAGGGCCAGGAAAGUGCAUGGUGCAUGUGUUUGGCGCAUGCUUGUGGGAUUAUCUGUGUGUAGAGUGUGGUGUGGUAUUGUGUAAAUAGGUGUAAUAUGUGUGGUGUAAUAUGUGUGGCUAGGGGCUGUAGAGAGUGUGUGUAUAGGGGGCAUAGUGUUAUAGGGGAUGCAGCGAGUGUGUGCAUACGGGCGGUAGUGUGUGUGUAUAGGUGACGUAAUGUGUGUAGGGGUUGCAGAGAGGGUGUGUUUAGAGAAUGUUGUAUGUGUUUGCUGACACGGAAUGUAGAGUGUGUGUGUGUGUAGGAGAUCUACUGUGUAAAGGACCCAGUGUGUGUGUGUGUGUGUGUGUGUGUGUGUGUGUGUGUGUGUGUAGAGGAUUAAGAGUGCAUAUAGGGUAAGGGAUCUAGUGUGUAUCUGGAGCGUAAUGUGUGUAGUGGUGUAGUGUGAGGGGUGCGUAUGUAUAUAUAUAUAUUUGGACUUAUUGUAUGUGUGAGGGGCGCAGUGUGUGUAUGUAAGAGGGGUGCUGUGUGUGAGGGUGUUUUUAUCUGCUGUCACAUUCUAGGUUUCUAAUUUUCUUUGUCUGUUAACUCACUGAGGGUUAUUUUAUAUAUAUGUGUGUGUGCUGUAUAUGUGUGGGAGUGUGCUGUGUGUGUGAGUGAGGGUGCUGUGUGUGUCUGGGUGCUGUGUGUGUCUAGGGGGUGCUGUGUGUGCCUGGGUGCACUGUGUGUGUCUGGGGGUGCUGUGUGUGUCUGGGUGCGCUGUGUGUGUCUGGUGGCGCUUUGUGUGUCUGGGUGCAGUGUGUGUCUGGGGGUGCUGUGUGUGUCUGGGUGCAGUGUGUCUGGGGGUGCUGUGUGUGUCUGGGGGUGCUGUGUGUGUCUGGGUGCAGUGUGUGUCUGGGGUGCUGUGUGUGUCUGGGGGUGCAGUGUGUGUCUGGGGGUGCAGUGUCUGGGGGUGCUGUUUGUGUCUGGGGGUGCUGUGUGUGUCUGGGUACAGUGUGUGUCUGGGUGCAGUGUGUGUCUGGGGUGCUGUGUGUGUCUGUGGGUGCUGUGUGUGUCUGGGGUGCUGUGUGUGUCUGGGUUCUGUUUGUGUCUGGGGGUGCUGUGUGUGUGGGGCUGUGUGUGUCUGGGGGUGCUGUGUGUGUCUGGGGUGCUGUGUGUGUCUGGGUGCAGUGUGUGUCUGGGUGCAGUGUGUCUGUGGUGCUGUGUGUGUCUGGGGGUGCUGUGUGUGUCUGAGGUGCUGUGUGUCUGUGGUGCAGUGUGUGUCUGUCUGUGUGUGUCUGGGUGCAGCAGUGUGUGUCUGUGGGUGCUGUGUGUGUCUGGGUGCUGUUUGUGUCUGAGGGGUGCUUUGUGUGUCUGGGGGUGCUGUGUGUGGCUGGGGGUGCUGUGUCUGGGGGCUGUGUCUGGGGGGGCUGUGUCUGGGGAGGCUGUGUGUGUGAGUGAAUGUAUUUUUUAUUUAAAUGUAAAUAUAUUUUUUUUACUUCUUACCUUUAUCCUGGGAGCCUGGGAGGGGGGGAGCCGUGUUGCCAUGAGGGUCAUCCUUCCCUGGUGGUCCUAGUGGUGAGCGUGAACUCUAGCCUGUAGGCUAGAAUUCACUCUCGCGAGAUCUGAGCGUUGCCGCGGUAACCGCGGCAACGCUCAGAAUCCCGCGAGAGGACCGGCGGAGCUGCUUGUUAGAGCUCCGCCGGGUCCUCUCUCCUCCCUCCCUCCCUCCCCAGCCUGCUGGCGGCCGCAUCUCCAUGCCUCUGGGCCGGUGAGGGAGAUCUUUGGUCUCCCCACCGGCCCACGGAGGCACUAUGCAGGGCCGGCGCUCGGAUAGCGCCGGCCCUGCAGGGUCCGGCCGGGGAGAUCCCCUGCCGGCCUCGGCCCCACGGCCAUCGCGGCCCACCGGGCAUUUGCCCGGUAUGCCCGAUGGCCAGUCCGGGCCUGCAUGGCUGUGAUGGCUUCUAAGGGCAUACGAGUCAAACGCUUGUUGAUUGGCUGCCCUGCAGCCUUUCAAAACGCGUCAUUAAAUUGCCGAACACCGAACUCCAACCCGAACAUACAGUGAUAUGUCUGUGUUCGGGUCCGGGGUCCAAAAAACGUAAUGUUCGGUACGAACCCAAACUUUUCAGUUCGGGUUCGCUCAACUCUAUUUACUAGUUAUAUUAAAGGAACAUUUAAAAACGUAAUGGGACUUACUUUCAGAGGUUAAAUCAUUAAUACGUUUCAGGAAGGGGACAAAGGAAAUUGAUUUUGCCUCCUGACUGUAGGCCUCUGACCCCCUUAAAACCACACACUGUACCCCUGAUCACGAAGAGGAAUAAUGUUUACUAAACUCUUAAAUAGUGAAUUCAAUGAUGAAUUGCCAACAUAUACACCCAAGCACUGACUAUGGUGGCAUUUCAGAAUUCUCCAUAUCAAAUACAUUCUAAUUCAUUGCAAUUUGGAGAUUAAUGAACACACCCCAUACUCUGCCAACUAGUAACUUGGAGUUAAUGCUAUAGUGCCAUCUAGUGGGCAAAACACAAAUAGCAACACAAUUGGUACCAUGCAGACCCCUACUCCCAUAAUAUACAGCGUAUAGUGUUACUGAGUAUCUCUCUGUCCCCGGGUACCAUGCAGACCCCUACUCCCAUAAUAUACAGCGUAUAGUGUUACUGAGUAUCUCUCUGUCCCCGGGUACCAUGCAGACCCCUACUCCCAUAAUAUACAGCGUAUAGUGUUACUGAGUAUCUCUCUGUCCCCGGGUAUCGUGCAGACCCCUACUCCCAUAAUAUACAGCGUAUAGUGUUACUGAGUAUCUCUCUGUCCCCGGGUAUCGUGCAGACCCCUACUCCCAUAAUAUACAGCGUAUAGUGUUACUGAGUAUCUCUCUGUCCCCGGGUACCAUGCAGACCCCGACUCCCAUAAUAUACAGCGUAUAGUGUUACUGAGUAUCUCUCUGUCCCCGGGUACCAUGCAGACCCCUACUCCCAUAAUAUACAGCGUAUAGUGUUACUGAGUAUCUCUCUGUCCCCGGGUACCAUGCAGACCCCUACUCCCAUAAUAUACAGCGUAUAGUGUUACUGAGUAUCUCUCUGUCCCCGGGUACCAUGCAGACCCCUACUCCCAUAAUAUACAGCGUAUAGUGUUACUGAGUAUCUCUCUGUCCCCGGGUACCAUGCAGACCCCUACUCCCAUAAUAUACAGCGUAUAGUGUUACUGAGUAUCUCUCUGUCCCCGGGUACCAUGCAGACCCCUACUCCCAUAAUAUACAGCGUAUAGUGUUACUGAGUAUCUCUCUGUCCCCAGGUACCAUGCAGACCCCUACUCCCAUAAUAUACAGUGUAUAGUGUUACUGAGUAUCUCUCUGUCCCCAGGUACCAUGCAGACCCCUAUAAUAUACAGCGUAUAGUGUUACUGAGUAUCUCUCUGUCCCCGGGUACCAUGCAGACCCCUACUCCCAUAAUAUACAGCGUAUAGUGUUACUGAGUAUCUCUCUGUCCCCAGGUACCAUGCAGACCCCUACUCCCAUAAUAUACAGUGUAUAGUGUUACUGAGUAUCUCUCUGUCCCCGGGUACCAUGCAGACCCCUACUCCCAUAAUAUACAGCGUAUAGUGUUACUGAGUAUCUCUCUGUCCCCGGGUACCAUGCAGACCCCUACUCCCAUAAUAUACAGCGUAUAGUGUUACUGAGUAUCUCUCUGUCCCCAGGUACCAUGCAGACCCCUACUCCAGGGAUAUGCGGUGGUUUUUGGAGGGUCCCAGUCUUGGUCUCACUCUCCCUCCUGACCUCCAGUCUACUGUCAGUGCAAUCAGAUACAUCGCUCAACAGCUGCAGGAACAAGAGGACUAUGAUGCAGUGAGUGUGAUAGUCUGCAGAAUUCAUAUGGAUUAGUAGGAAUAAUCACUGAAGGAAUAGUUUGCAGGGAUCACAUGGGAGAGAUCAAGAAACAAUACUCUGCAGAAGUGUCAUGAGUCGGGUAAGGGAGUGAUUCUCUGCAGUACUGUCAUGGAAUGCUAGGGGAGAGAUACUCUGCAGGCUUAUUGUGAGAGGGAAUUAGUGUAAUACUCUGCAGGACUGUCAUGGAAUGCUAGGGGAGAGAUACUCUGCAGGCUUAUUGUGAGAGGGAAUUAGUGUAAUACUCUGCAGGACUGUCAUGGAAUGCUAGGGGAGAGAUACUCUGCAGGCUUAUUGUGAGAGGGAGUUAGUGUAAUACUCUGCAGGACUGUCAUGGAAUGCUAGGGGAGAGAUACUCUGCAGGCUUAUUGUGGGAGGGAGUGAGUGUAAUACUCUGCAGGACUGUCAUGCAAUGCAGAUAUAAUUGAUUCUCUGCAAGGUCUUGUGAGAACGAGAGAGAGUGAUAGUCUGCUGUGCUGUGGUGAAAUGGAUAGAGGAAUGAUCGUCUGCAGUCUAUUGUAGAAUGGCUAGUUAUAUUCUUCAGGGCUUUCAGAGAAGGGAUAGGAAGUGAUGCUCUGCAGAGCUCUGGUGGGAGCGAUAAUCUGCACUUCUAACCAUUUCUCAUUCUCUUGGCAGCUGAAGGAGGAUUGGCAAUACGUGGCAAUGGUCGUUGACCGUCUCUUUCUCUGGACAUUUAUUAUUUUCACCAGCCUCGGGACACUCACAAUCUUCCUGGACGCCAGCUACAAUUUACCCCCAGAAACCCCAUUCCCGUGAAACCAAAUAACCUCACAUUUUACAAACAGGUACAAAUUCUGGAGCCUUCGUCUUCAAAUAUAACUCCACCACAGCCUAACGUUCUACUGCACCUUCCCUCCCUCAACGCACAAAUCUAACCUUCCACUAUCACAGAGAACCUCACUCCCAAUCAAUCAAUCAAUCAAUAAUCCCCAAACAGAACCUUACUCCAUAUCAAUCUAUAAAUCAAUCAAUCAAUUCCCAGAUAGAACCUCACUCCCAAUCAAUCAAUCAAUCAAUCAAUCCCCAAACAGAACCUUACUCCAUAUCAAUCUAUAAAUCAAUCAAUCAAUCUCCAAACAGAAACUUACUCCAUAUCAAUCUUUAAAUCAAUCAAUUCCCAGAUAGAGCCUCACUCCCAAUCAAUCAAUCAAUCAAUCCCCAAAUCAAACCCCACUUCUUAUCAAUCAAUCAAUUAAUCCUCAUGUAGAACCUAACUUCCUAAAUAUCAAUUAAUCCCCAAAAUCCAUCAUCGAUUUCCACCCUCAUAUUUUGGACACAAAGAGUUUCUAAUUCUCAGACUGAAUAUGAUGUUCCUCAGCCAUAGUUUGAUAUUGCAGUUUGGAAGAAAACGUGGAUUCUGGAGGCAACGAGAAGAGAGGUCGAUGAUGGAGGUUGGACACUCUGCUAUUUGCAAGGAGUUCAUGUUAUAUCUCCUCAUUUUUGUACAUCGAAGGGAAAUUCAUAUAUUUCUCUUAGAGUUCUAAUAUCUCACCAGAAGUCUACCCUUCUUGCUCCCACAGUUUAUACCAUUAAUUGGGGUGUUACCUCAACAAGAGUGAACGUCACAGACCCUGGGACAUCUUUCAAGUCAGAUAUCUCCAACUUCACAAAACGAGUGCAAUCAAAGUUAUAAAGGGCUUAAAGUGAAAAAAGACAUUGUUUUGGCUCCAUUACAGCGUCAUUGUAAUGAAUGUUUCUCCUACAAGCUGCCACUCCAGGGCAUUGUUUUACAUUAUGUAAAUAUUACACUAGAUCCAAACAUUGAUCAAAUGUAUUCAAACUCUUUAGUCGAAAGAGAAAAUUAAAGAUUUAUAUGUAGAGCCAGGUGUGUGCAUUGAUAAUCAGGUAAACGUAACGUUGAACCUUAUAAUGAAGUGAAGACGAGAAGGUCCAGCUGGUGGUUACGCAGUCAGGUGGCCGACAAGGCGAAUGUUACAUUUAGUAUAAUAUUAAAUUGUGCGCUAUCAUUUAUAUUCAAAUCAGAUCUGUGCGGGCACUCCAGCAUGGAACUGGCCUAUUCUUUAUUUUAACCUAAUCAAAAUAAAUGUUAAAAUUGUAAAAACCUAAUUUGAAAAAGAAAAACCGAGUUAACACGACUGAAAUAAAAAUACUCACUUUCAAGUUGUCAAGUUCUUUAUUUUAGAGGGACAUCCCACACAUUACAUCUUCUUCCCUGACUACUGAUCUCUCCUGGAAGUAGGACACACUAAAGACACUUCUGGACAUUCAGAAAUUGUUAACACUUUAGAAUUGGUGUGAAAUACUGAUCGACAGCUCCCUAAAGAACGCAUUUCUAGAAAGAGAACCCCCUUAGGUACAGAAAUAGUUAAUCCUACACAAAAAUGAAUCCUUACCCCAAUCAUCUCUUCAAGUAACCCUUACCCUCUAUCAUCUCUCCAAUUAAUCCUCACCCUCUGUCAUCUCUCCAAUUAAUUAUUGCCCAGAAUAUCUCUCCAAUUAAUCCUCACCCUCUGUCAUCUCUCCAAUUAAUUAUUGCCUAGAAUAUCUCUCCAAUUAAUCCUUACCCCAAUCAUCUCUCCAAUUAAUCCUUACCCUCUGUCAUAUCUCCAAUUCAUUCUAACCGAGAAUAUCUCUCCAAUUAAUCCUUACCCCACUAUCUCUCCAAUUAAUCCUUACCCCAAUAUCUCUCCAUUUAAUCCUUACCCCAAUAUCUCUCUAAUUAAUCCUUACCCCAAUCAUAUCUCCAAUUAAUCCUUACCCCACUCAUAUCUAAAAUUAAUCCUUACCCCAAUAUCUCUCCAAUUAAUCCUUACCCCAAUCAUAUCUCCAAUUAAUCCUUACCCCACUCAUAUCUAAAAUUAAUCCUUACCCCAAUAUCUCUCCAAUUAAUCCUUAACCCCAAUAUCUCUCCAUUUAAUCCUUACCCCAAUCAUAUCUCCAAUUAAUCCUUACCCCAAUAUCUCUCUAAUUAAUCCUUACCCCAAUCAUAUCUCCAAUUAAUCCUUACCCCACUCAUAUCUAAAAUUAAUCCUUACCCCAAUCAUAUCUCCAAUUAAUCCUUACCCCAAUAUCUCUCUUAUUAAUGCUUACCCCAAUCAUAUCUCCAAUUAAUCCUUACCCCACUCAUAUUUAAAAUUAAUCCUUACCCCAAUCAUAUCUCCAAUUAAUCCUUACCCCAAUAUCUCUCUAAUUAAUCCUUACCCCUAAUAUCUCUCCAAUUAAGCCUUGCCCCAGUAUCCCUCUAAGUAAUCCUUACACCAAUCAUAUCUCCAACUAAUCCUUACCCCAAUAUCUCUCCAAUUAGUAAUUACCCAAACAUCUCUCUAAGUAAUCUUUACCCCAAUAUCUCUAUAAUGAAUCUUUACCCCAAUCAUCUCUUCAAUUAAUCCUUACCCCAAUAUCUCUCUAAUUAAUCCUUACCCAGAAUAUCUCUCCAAUUAGUCCUUACCCCAAUCAUCUCUCUAAUUAAACCUUACCCCAAUCAACUCUUCAAUUAAUCCUUACCCAGAAUAUCUCUCCAAUUAAUCCUUACCCCCAGUAUCUCUACAAUUAAUCCUUACCCCCAGUAUCUCUACAAUUAAUCCUUACCCCCAGUAUAUCUCUCCAAUGAAUCCUUACCCAGAAUAUCUCUCCAAUGAAUCCUUACCCCAAUCAUAUCUUCAAUUAAUCCUUUAAUCCUUAACCUCUGUCAUAUCUCCAGUUCAUUCUUACCGAGAAUAUCUCUCUAAUUAAUCCUUACCCCUAUAUCUCUCCAAUUAAUCCUUACCCCAAUAUAUCUCAAAUUAAUCUUUACCCAAUAUCUCUCCAAUUAAUCCUUACCCCCAAUCAUCUCCAAUUAAUCCUUACCCCAAUAUAUCUGCAAUGAAUCCUGUGACAGAUCCCUCUGUCUUGAACUGAAAUGACCGUAUUUCUCAUUCGUUUAUUUGAUUCAUGUUUCCCUGUUCCUGUGGACUCUAUGCCGUUCCCUUUCUAUGUACCGAAUAAAACUACCGAAUGGCCGGCCACCCAGUAGAGAAGUGUGCUGCUGGUUAACCUCUUGGCCCCAUCAAAACGUUGAGGUUAACCGCAGACACCUCUUAAUUGAUACGGUAGUUGGGUGGCCGCCAUUCGUAUACCAAACACGAGGUCCCGGCCAUUUUAAACACGCGAACGCACAGCAGCGUUCGACGUCCAACUCAUGGAACUCAAAACAGAUACAUUUUGGCACGAACACCGCUGAAGCCGCCAACCUCCCUUCUUGUUCGGUAGAAAGUGCACGAACGGCCCUAUAUUCGGUAGUUUGUACCUGAAUACACCAUACCCCAGAUUGCCAUCCACGGCAAUAGGACUGUGUGCAUAGGAUCUGAGCGCUAUUCGGUACGUUGGUGCGCUCAGAUGCUAGCUAUCUGGGGACCUGUUGAAUGCCUGUAAAAUGUUAUAAAAUGUACCAGUUAUGUAUUUUCAUGCCUUUUUGUUAUUUUCAUCUAAAAUGGCGUUUAGGCUCUGUCCUGGGAGAUAAUUGAAUUACUUCACAAUUAUCUCCCUGAGCAGAGCAGAGGGUUCUGGGUAACAAAAGGGGAAUGGCUAAGUGUGUACCCUGUGAUUGGUUGCUACAAUGUCCUUGUCACAGUCCCCCAUUUGGUCCCCUAGGGGAGUGUCCACCAGAUGGGAGACUUGCAUAAAAGCCGGGCAUGUAGCCCUCAUUAAACUAGAUUCCUGCUGACC